GCUUCCCAUGGCAAGCCUUCACUUUGACAUUUGGAGCGUGUGUGAAUGAGGAGCGGGGCGCGGAGCUGCCGUCCCUGAAACAUCGGGGGUAGGCGAAGUGACACAGCAAUUCCCACGAUGUAUUUUUAAUUCACCAGUCUCUUCUGUGAGGAAUUAUCUAAUAUAAGUGCAGUCAUGACAUCGGUUUGGAAGAGGCUUCAGCGCGCUGGCAAAAGAGCGUCGAAGUUUCAGUUUGCCGCGUCCUUUCAAGAACUCACCGUAGAGUGCACUAAGAAGUGGCAGCCAGACAAACUGCGAGUGGUUUGGACCAGACGAAACAGACGCAUAUGCAGCAAGCUUCAUGGCUGGCAACCAGGUAUCAAGAACCCAUACAGGGGGACUGUGGUUUGGCAGGUUCCUGAGAGUGUGGAUAUCACUGUCACUCUUUUUAAGGAUCCAAAUGCAGAUGAAUUUGAGGACAAAGACUGGACCUUCAUCAUAGAGAAUGAAACAAAGGGCCACCGAAAGGUUUUAGCGUCAGUGGAUGUGAACAUGAAGAAGUACACAAGCGCAACCCCGGCUCAGUUUGACCUGGCGCUUACACUAAAGCCUCUGUCUGUGAAAGUGUUGGAUGCCACACUUAAACUCACACUGUCCUGUGUCUUCCUGAAGGAGGGCAAAGCUACUGAUGAAGACAUGCAAAGUCUGGCGAGUCUGAUGAGUUUGAAGCAGUCCGACAUUGGAAACCUGGAUGACUUCAAUGACAGUGAUGAAGAGGAGGACAGAAGAAUGAGUGCAGCAGUGAAAAUGGCCACAGCAGUAAUAGCUCCUCUUCCUCCUGCUAGGAGAAUACAUGACAAAGCCUGGAGACCUGCGGUAGACACAGGUCCCUCUGACACAGCUCAUUCUGAACCGGCGCGGAUGAGCUGUUCCUUCAUUACACCUAACGUUCCUCUCCAGUACCACCCCCUGUCAUACACCGCUCUUGACCCGUCUGCUCCUCCCAUCUCCACUUCCUGUAUCCAACUCCCCCGUGCUGCCGGCAGCGUCCCGCAGGCACGCCCCUCCCCGUACGCCUUCACUAUACCUGCAUUUGCACGUGCUCAUCCACCUGCCCUGCCCAAAAUCUUCCAGCCGCCGACCGGCUCAGUUGCUGUAUCUGUCACUCAAAUGCCGUCUGGAGGUCUUGCUAUGUCUGAGUUAUUGGAGAGCAGUCGCUCUGCUGAGGGCGGUGCAGUUCCUCCACAAAGGCCUCUCUCUUUUCUUCCUGGGAUUAGCACACCUAUCUCUCUUUCCUCUGCUCAAUCCUCCUCUUCCCCUCAGCAGACUCCUCUGCCUGAUAUAACCCAGAAAGCCACCCAUUCUGUUGCUCGUAGCAAGACCUGGAGACCUCAGAGUUUUCCCUCUUCACACUCCACCCCUUCUGAUUUCAACCCCUCCUCCUUUGAGUUUGGCUCAUCCCCUCAAGGCACAAUGACUUUACCUUCACCAUGGCCCUCAAAAAUCUAUCGCGCCUCAUUGGCUGAUCCAGGCUCCGCCCUUACAAAGCCUACAAGCAUGCCCUCUGCCACUGAGACAGCAUCUUGGCACAAAGAGUGGAGGCCUCCCAAGCUGCACCCUACUCUGUGUCCUGCUCCUCUUACUUCUCCAGAACACAUUAACCAAGAGUGUCAUCCAGCCUCAGUGACCUCCUCUCCUCCUGCACAAACCUCUCCCCUAAUGCAUGUCCCCCUUCCUGCAACGUCUUCAUCCAGUGUGCUUCCUCAACCAAUGGACUCUACCAUUACUCCCAGUCCUGCUGUAACAUCUCCCAGUGUGGCUCCUUCCUCUGAGAUGCCCAGAGUUGAGUCAGUCUCUACUUCUUGCUCUCAAACCCUGUCAGCUGCCAUCCUCUCUCCUGCUCCAGCAUCACUGGUUUCUCCCUCCAUUGCUCCUGCUGCUUCAUCUAGUUCUCAGUCCACCCCGUAUCCAUGUGUUUCUACUCUCUUGUCAUCUCCUCAUCUCACUCUUUCUGAUGCUCCUCUAAGUUCCACUCCUGAUGUUGGUCCUAUGGUCACUGCACCUGUUGUUGCCGAGUCAGAGCCUCUCCCAGAGGUCCAGACAUCCGAAUGGAGGCAUCAGAUUGUGCCCACAGUGGUUAGACCUAAUGUGCGCAGACCAGUAGCCCCUCUUCCUGUUAAUGCCCCUUCCUCUCCUUUCUCUUCCUCUCCUUUCAUUCUUCCUUCACCCUCAUCCACGAUCCCUGACCCCCACGUUUAUGCCCAAACGUCCACUGUAGCCCCUGUUAUCGCCUCCAUUUCAGUCCCAUCCACUGACACACUCACAGAGCAACACAGACAGUUAAGUGUAUUAGCAGAGGAGGAAUGUCCCAAUACAGUGUCUUCUACUGAUGAGGAUGCAGACGCUAAGCCCACAGAUGUUCAUCAAAACCAUGAACCUCACCCUCGCAGAGCCGGAGUCAUCAGUAUAGCCAACCAAAAACCAAACAGCAGUAUGGACAAGCAACGGCCUGUUUUUGGACUUGAGGUUGUGCGGCCUGCAAAAGGACCAGAGAGUAUGACCUCUCUGCUGCCCAGUGACCAAAAGUCACCUUCUAUCACUGAUGUCACAUAUUUUGAGCUGCCAAAAUCAGAGCAGUCUGAUACAGAUAGAGUACACCCCCACGCAGCCCUCGAAAAUGUUGCAGAACCUGCUGCGGUCCCUACAUUCACCGGCCCAUUAACUGAGGUCCAGAUCAAUCAGUCAGAGAAGUCACAGAGCUCUGCUGAGCUGGCUGUUAUACACUCAGCUGCACAUGAACAGACAGAAGAUGAGACGAUUCCUCAUAAAGACAAGACAGAGCCCUUUCAAAGUAGCGUUCAACUAGCAGAAAUACAAGCGCAAGAGGCCAGCCCAGAAUCUGUGCCGCAGCUGCUCUCAAAUACAGAAAUGUCCCAGUCAGAUCAUACUAAUGAAGGAUGUCAAAGCAUACGUGCUCAGAUUCCACCUUCUGAAUAUUACAGAGACACUCUGGUUAAAAACGAUGACGUGGAUCAAGGUGUAUUAUGGACAUCCCAAGACAGACCAGAACAGUUUGCUGAAGGUUUUAAGCAAGAAGAGACUACAAAAUAUCAUAAUAGAACGGUACCUUCAACAGCUGAAGAUCAGCCUACAGGACUGCAACAAGAGUGUGUCCCAAACAUGGUAGAUCUUCUUCCAUCAUGUCCACUGUUCUCAAGAGUUUUUGGAUGUCCAUCAACAGCACUAUCUAGCAUAUGUAAAACAGACAUAAUCAACUGGCCUACUGAUUUAAGUAUAAUUUGGGAUGAGCCACGUAACUCACCAAAAAAUAUUUUAAUGCCAAACUUGGAAAAAUCCCCCUAUGAGGCAAAUAUGGUGUCCAUGACAUGCACAUGUCCAAAUGAAACAAGAAUUCCUGGCUUUCCAUCUGCUAAGAGACCCACAGAGGCCCCAUGUAUAUCUUUUCCAGAAACAUUCGUUGUUGCUGACACUUCUUCACAGACCCCAAUUUCAGAGGAAAAGCAUCAUGAGGAGUGGCUGAGCAUGGAAACAUCAUUAUUGGAAGAACAUCCUAAAGCAAAGCCAAUUUUACACAUCAAAAGCCCAGUUGAGUAUUCAGAGAUGACUAUAAUGAUGGUGGAUACAGUUCCAUCUUCAAAACUUGAUUUCACAUCUGCCCCAAAGAGUGAAGAAAUACUUAUUCAAUCAUGUGAAGAAUUAAUUCUUCAAGAGCCUACAAUUGCUAAAUCAGAACUGAGGGAUGAUUCAAAGCCUGCAAAUGAGAUAUUAACCUUUGUGUCUGAAAAUGCUGCACAAAUGCUAGAUUCUAUCCCUGAAACCCAAGCAGAGCCAAAUAUGUUGGAGCUCCUUCCAUCCUGUCCGGUGCUUUCUAGAAUCCCUGGAUGUCCUUCUCUAAGGGUCCUUGAAGGCAUGGAGUGCAUUAGUGAUCAAGCUGUAAUCUUUUGCAAUUUAUUAAAAGAUAAACAGACUGGUAUUUUUGGCCCCAUUAAAGAUGAAAAAGGCUCCCAGAUUAUAGCUCUGGCACCAACAUGCCCAAAAGCAUCAUGUAUUCCAGGCUUUCCAUCUAGACCACAUCGUAAAUCACAGAUGGAGCCGAACAUGCAAAACAUUUGUACCUCUUGCCCAGAGAUUUCGCAUAUAGCUGGUUGUCCGAGCAUCCAGACCCCUAAGAUGUCCAAUUGGCCUUUGAGUACAGUUAUUUUGUGUACAAAUCCAUUAAAGAAACCCCCUGUUGUUUUGGACAUGGACAAGAUAUGCAAAGAAAACGGUCAUAGAAUGUUUGCUUUGGCACCUACAUGUCCAUCAGUGGUCUGUGUUCCAGGUUUUCCAUCUGUGCCCGAGCCAAUAAUGCUGCACAUGCUUCCCACUUGCCCAGAGAAGUCUAAUGUUAUAGGAUUUUCUUCUAAAAAGGAGCAUUUAGAUUGGUUUGUUGACAAGAAAACAUUGUACAAUGUAUCUUUUAAAAAGCCACCUGUUCUAGUUGAUUGGCUUAGUGAAUUAACUAAAAUAAUGUUUGCAUUGGCUCCAACCUGUCCAUCAAAGGAAAGAAUACCAGGAUUCCCAUAUGCACACAAGCGCAAAGCUACACUUCCCGCCAGUAUGGCUGAUCUACAUCAGUGCGUUCCAAAGAAGUCAAGAAUCAUGGGAUUCUCAUCAAGUGAGGGAAUAAACGCAGGAACAUGGUUUGAGAAUGAAAGGCCCCUGUUGGAGAGGCCACUGAGAACGAGGUCAGAGCUGCUUGUCCAGUUUAAUUUCGCAACUCCGUAUAAAGAAAUAGACAAAAACAUUUUGCAGAGGAUGUUUGCACUAGUACCCACCUGCCCAAGAGAAGCAUGCAUACCUGGUUUCCCUUCUCUACCUCAGGUUAAAGUGGAGGGUUUCUAUCUCCAUAAAGAACCAGAUGUAGUCAGUCUUUGGCAUUCUUGCCCAAUGUUUUCUUUUAUUGUAGGUGUUCCUACAGUAAAAUCUGUGCCGAUAGAAGAAUCUCAAGAAAGCAUAUGGUCCACUCAGAAGCCCAUAUGGGUUAAACCUCUUAAAGAAAGACCGUUUUGGUCUUUAAGUUAUACAAAGGAUAAUGAAGAAUAUUCAAAAACCAUGUUCUUGCUUGCCCCUACGUGCCCCGAUAAGGCCAGAAAUGAUGGUUUUCCAUGCUCAGAAAGGCUUAAAAAAGAAGAGGGUCCAGUGAAAACUGUCUUCCCAGCUUCUCCAGAGGCUCCAUUCUCUGCAACCAAUGAAACAGAUUUUAGUCACCUGAUCCCUGAAGUGCCAUGUUCCCCAGUUGAAGCAAGGCUUCCUGAUUUCCCAGAUGAAGCAAGGCUUCCUGAUUUCCCAGAUGCUUCUACGUAUGCAAUAUCUUCAUCAAGUACAACCCAAGAACACACCAAAUUUGAAGCCAAAUUCACCCAAUACAUAGAAUCUGAAAGAAAUCAAACACUGGAUAUAACAGGGCCUGAAAAUCCUAAAGAAAUAGGAAGUUCUUAUGAAAUGCCCUUGGCUGAAGGUAUUGAAAACCAUGAGGUGAAGUUUUUUCUGGAAGAGCAACAUGUUGGGGAGCAGUCUGCUAGUAAAACUCAUGAUACUGCAGAGCCUGGAGAGACUGCUAUAGCGUUAGGAUGGGAAGUUUUGGAGGCAGAUAAUAAUUCCACUGAAAAAGAAGGAUCUUCUGGUCUUGUUAGGACUAUAGUUGAUGUCUUUCACAGAGGUUAUGAGACAGUUGCUGCAAUAUUGCAGCCCUCUAGCUCUGGAUCAGUCACAGACACGGACACUUUAGAUCCUCUCGACAGUCUUUCAUCCUCUGUGGAUCUCGAGGACAGCGCCACUCGCAUGGCCACUGGAUGUGAUCAUUCAUUGGAGGCACUCGUACAGGCAGCGGAGUCUGAGGUCUUUGAUUCUGCUGAACCCUACAUGUGGCGUUUGGUUGGUGGUUGUUCAGAAACAUCACUGUCAUCAAAAGAGACUGAAAGCUGGUUCGUUGAAGAUGAAGACUUUUGCCUAAUGAGGAAGUGGCCCCCUUUAACAGAGGCUGACCUUCAUGAGAUAAACAAAGAGGAGGAGGACAAAGCAGAUGUUGACUCAUUGAUACAGGAGUGUACAUCUUCGGUUCAAGAGGAAACUGGUAAUGAUGAGAUUGUGACAAAAAGUCAAAUGUUGAAGGAUGAGUUGUCAACCACACUAUUUCCAGAGGAGGGGCCACAACAUAAUUUUGUCCAAGAAGUCUCUCUUUUCAUCCAACGGACUAAGGACGAAUUGCUGGAUGAAGAAAAAACACCUAUGUCCUUACUGUCUUCAAUAAAUUCUCAUAACCCAAGGACUAUCACAGAACAGACUGUUUCAGCUUCAAAAGAACCUGUGCCACCAAGAAGGACUAAGAAGCAAGACAUUCUUCAAGAGACAUUUCCGUCAUCAUCACCAGUUUCCAACCCAGCUGAGCCAACUGCUCAGAGUGACAACAUCUGUGUCAUAAAACAAACUGAUCAUUAUUCUCAGAGUACAUCACAAAUUGUACAGCCAGAUACCCCACUCACAACCAUCCAGAGAUCUUCCGCUCUGGUAGAUGAGGGUACAUCUUUAGAAACGGAUCGCUUGACAGAUGUACCUGUCCCACUGACAAGCACUUCUUUUCCUGAUGGGACCUUUGUGAUAGAAGCAGCUGAAAAUGUAGUAAAAGUAUCCAAAAUUGAGAUUUCUUCACCAGAACCCAAAGAGAAGCCCACACCCAAAGAAAUUAUAACAUCAUGUCAUAGCAACAGCGAAGAAAAUGUUCCCCUAGUGCCUGCGGAAGACACAGUCACACAAUUACGUGCUCCUCAGAGGCGUAAGAAUAAAGCUCAAACCAGCAAUGUUGAUGAAGCUGGUGGAGAGUUUGAAGAAAAGAGUACAUUGUCUUCUGUCAUCACUAGUAUGUCCCAGUCUGAAGACAAAAGAAAGACCCAUGCUGGUGAUGAAUUGAGCAUGAAAGACCAGGUACAACUGGAUUUGAAUGUUCCUGAGGUGUCGGAAGUAAAAAUGCGAAUCAAAUGCACUGAUCUUCCAGUCCCAGUGCCACGUGUAAAGAAACGUCUCAAUGGAUCUUUUGCAGAUGAUCUUCCUUCUCCUUCAUCCACCCCUUUAUCUGAAGCAGAUCCAGGUAACAUUGUUCUCCAAAGAGAAGACCAUCAAGAUUCAAGUCUUCCGGUCCCAGUGCCACGUUCAAAAAAACGUCUCAGUGGUUCUUAUACAGAUGAUCGCCCAGCCCCUUCAUCCACCCCUUCAUCUCAAGCAGAUUCAGACAACAUUUUUCUCAAUACAGUAGACCAUCAAGAUUCAAGUCUUCCAGUCCCAGUGCUACGUGUGAAGAAACGUCUCAGUGGUUCUUUUCCAGAUGAUCUUCCAGCUCCUUCAUCCACCCCUUUAUCUGAAACAGAUCAAGGUAAUAUUGUUCUCCAAACAGAAGACCAUCGAGAUUCAAGUCUUCCAGUACCAGUGCCACGUGUGAAGAAACGUCUCAGUGGUUCUUUCCCAGAUGAUCUUCCAGUCCCUUCAUCAACCCCUUCAUCUCAAGCAGAUUCAUACAACAUUGUUCACAAUAGAGAAGACCAUCCAGAUUCAAAUCUGCCACUUCCAGUCCCACGAGUAAAGAAGCGUCUCAGUGGUUCUUUUCCAGAUGAUCUUCCAGCCCCUUCACCCUCCCUUCCAUUGCAAGCAGGUUCAGAUAGCAUUGCUCCCCAAACAGAAGACCAUCCAGAUUCAAGUCUUCCAGUCCCAGUGCCACGUGUGAAGAAACGUCUCAGUGGUUCUUUUCCAGAUGAUCUUCCAGCCCUUUCAUCCUCCCUUCCAUCGCAAGCAGGCUCAGAUAGCAUUGCUCCCCAAACAGAAGACCAUCCAGAUUCAAGUCUUCCAGUCCCAGUGCCACGUGUGAAGAAACGUCUCAGUGGUUCUUUUCCAGAUGAUCUUCCAGCCCCUUCAUCCAGCCCUUCCUCUCAAGCAGAUUCAGACAACGUUUUUCUCCAAACAGAAGACCAUCAAGAUUCAAGUAUUCCAGUCCCUGUGCCACGUGUGAAGAAACGUCUCAGUGGUUCUUUUCCAGAUUUUCUUCCAGCCCCUUCAUCAACCCCUCCAUCUCAAGCAGGUUCAGACAACAUUGUUCUCCAAACAGAAGACCAUCAAGAUUCAAGUAUUCCAGUCCCUGUGCCACGUGUGAAGAAACGUCUCAGUGGUUCUUUUCCAGAUGAUCUUCCAGCCCCUUCAUCCAGCCCUUCCUCUCAAGCAGAUUCAGACAACGUUUUUCUCCAAACAGAAGACCAUCAAGAUUCAAGUAUUCCAGUCCCUGUGCCACGUGUGAAGAAACGUCUCAGUGGUUCUUUUCCAGAUGAUCUUCCAGCCCUUUCAUCCUCCCUUCCAUCGCAAGCAGGCUCAGAUAGCAUUGCUCCCCAAACAGAAGACCAUCCAGAUUCAAGUCUUCCAGUCCCAGUGCCACGUGUGAAGAAACGUCUCAGUGGUUCUUUUCCAGAUGAUCUUCCAGCCCCUUCAUCCUCCCUUCAAACGCAAGCAGGUUCAGAUACCAUUGCUCCCCAAACAGAAGACCAUCCAGAUUCAAGUCUUCCAGUCCCGGUCCUACGUGUGAAGAAACGUCUCAGUGGUUCUUUUCCAGAUGAUCUUCCAGCCCCUUCAUCCUCCCUUUCAUCUCAAGCAGGUUCAGAUAGCAUUGCUCCCCAAACAGAAGACCAUCAAGAUUCAAGUCUUCCAAUGCCAAUGCCACGUGUGAAGAAACGUCUAAGUGGCUCAUUUCCAGAUGAUCUCACUGUUCCCUCGAGUUGUCCACCUGCUGUAGAUUUACUUAACAUAGUCCUUGAAGGAGUACCAAGUGAUGCAAGCAUACCCAUCCCAAUUCCCCACUCAGAGAAACUCAGUGAUAAGUUCUCUGAUGAGAACCUUCCAAGCUUUCCUCAAGAAGAAGAAGGCAAGCUUCAUCUCUCAGAAAACAAACAAUGUUCUGUUGAAGUGGACACGCAGGUGAGGGCAGAAGCAGAGAUUGAGAGCCUUGAAGAUUCCACCACCUCAAGUGCCAAUGAAGUAGAGCUAAACAGAAAAGGCCUGGAGGAGUCUGGUUUAGAACCUGUUGGCCAGUUAGUACCUGAUGUAACAGUUAUCAGUGAAAAACCUAAGACUGGUGCUCCACUUGGUGAACAUUGUAAGGACAAAGGGGAUACAGACCAACAAAUUGAAAAAGAUAAAAGUGUUGAGGAAGAAAAGGAUGCUGUACAUUCUGGAGAUGAUGAGGUUGAUUUGAGCAUGGACACUGUAGAUGCCACAGGUGUUAUCAUAGAUGUAUUUAGACAAGAAUUAGCUGAAGACUCCUCCAGUCUUCCUGUGCCAAUGCCUCGCGUGAAGAAACGUUUAAGUGCCUCUUUCCCAGAAGACGUCUCCAUUCCCAGUUCCUCGUCAGCCAAUCAACAUGAGGUUUCAGAAAAGGCCAAUAAUGAGCCGACAGUGCCUGUUCGUAAUAAACGGAGAGCUGCAGCAGAUGCCAUAGACCUUAAGGGAAGUUCCACAGCUCACACAUCGCCAACCAGUGAAACAGAGAUUGCGACCUUGGUGAAUUCAAGUCAGUCUCUGCUGGAAUGGUGCCAAAAGGUCACACAAGGUUACAAGGGCGUCCGGAUCACAAACUUCAGCACCUCAUGGAGAAACGGCCUCGCUUUCUGUGCCAUCCUGCAUCACUUCCAUCCAGAUAAAGUAAAUUAUGAAAUGCUGGAUCCAUAUGACAUUAAGCGCAACAACAAGAAGGCGUUUGAUGGCUUUGCUGAACUGGGCAUCUCUAGGUUGAUAGAGCCCUCUGACAUGGUGCUGCUGGCAGUGCCCGACAGGCUCAUCGUGAUGACGUAUCUCAACCAGAUCCGCACCUAUUUCACGGGCCAGGAGCUCAGUGUAAUACAGAUCGAGAAGAACAGCAGCGAGUCCAGUUACGCUGUUGGAGAGAAGAGGGAGGAAGCCGAUCCUGAAGCCGCUGUUCGCUACUGCGCAGAAAGGCUCCAGGGCAGCGGCAUUACUCUAGAGACCAAUGGAUGCUUCCCUGAAAAGGAGGUCAAGGAAGGUGCAGGUGUUUUGGUGCCACCUCCAAGAACGAAGCGAACGCAGGGCCCGAGCCAGGCUGGAGGAUCAGGGUCCACUCAGCCUCCGGUGGCACCACCAAGAACUCACACCUCAAAGGCUUUUUCUCAUCUCAAGGAUGCAGAUCUUGUUAAAAAGCGCAGAUCGAAGCUGCGGGGAGAGUCACUGGAUGAGCCUGAACCACACGAACAGCAGAGCGGUACAGAGGCUGCAUCAGUCCAAGCAGAAAGUGAAGCAGCCAAAGGAGGUUCAGAGUCGCAAAACGUAGAGAAUGUUGAAGAAGCCACUGCAGGAGAGAAUCAGGAUGUCAGUCAAUAUGUACUUAGUGAGAUGCAGGCUCUGGAGGCUGAACAGAAGCAGAUAGAUCGCAGAGCAGACAUUGUGGAGAGGAAACUAAGAAGACUUAUGGAAUCUGGUAGUGAUCGUGUAGAAGAAGAGACACUGAUUCAGGAGUGGUUUACCCUGGUCAACAAGAAGAACGCUUUGAUCAGGAGACAAGACCAUUUGCAGUUACUACAAGAAGAGCAAGAUUUGGAGAGGAAAUUUGAGCUGCUAAAGAUAGAGCUACAAGAUUUAAUGGCUGUGGAAGAAUGGAAGAAAACCCAGGCCCAUAAAACCAGAGAGCAGCUGUUGUUGCAGGAGCUGGUGUCUUUAGUCAACCAGAGAGAUGAGCUUGUGCAAGAUAUAGACGCCAAAGAGAGAGGGGCUCUUGAAGAGGACGAGAGGUUGGAGAGAGGACUAGAAAUGAGGCGCAGGAAAUAUGGAAGUCAGAAAGAGAAGUGUGUGUUACAGUGAGGGAUCCUGUGCACCUGCUUUUAUACAGGACUGUCCCCCGUUAAACACUGUGCUGAUGGACUAGUGAGGUGUGUGUGGACCAUAUCACAUUAAAUGAUAAGGAGAUUGUGACUAGAUGAAUUCUCAGUCCUCAUGUUGAAAAGUUUGAGCAGCAUGAAUGCUCAUUUCAGGGUGGAUUAAAAGUCGUUUUCUUUUAGAGACAUUUUUAGUCUCAGAAUAUUUGUCUGAAAACGUGAAAUAGACAGUAAUGGUCAAUAGUCUUCUGACAGCAGUUCUUGUUUUACAUUUUCAGUAAAAAUAAUAUACAUGUGACCUUUGCAGUGUUAUUACCUUAUUUAACUUGUUUGUAUAAGUCGGUUGCUGCAGUGAUUUUAAGGUGUCUCAAAGCUAUGUAAAA